AUGCAGUUUUCCCCACCGGCCCCUCACCAUACCCACUGGGAAGGGAAUGCGAUACUGUAUCUCCGAAGCUGUUCACGGCUGCAAUGGAUAAAGGAACAGCUUUCUUGGGAAGAAAGGAGCAUAGAUAGAAGAUUCCUCUCCAACCUUCGUUUUGCGGAGGACAUCGUUCUGUUUUCGAACAGUACCAAUGAAGCAGAAGCGAUGCUCAACGAAUUGAACGAAGCAAGGAAGAGAGUAGGACCGCGAAUAGACAGAAAGAAGACACAGUUCAUGAUGAUCGCCUACUGCGAGGAGGGAGAAGUACAACUUGAAAGCUCCCCAAUCGUGGAAACUUCGUCAUACGUAUACCUCGGACUUUCUAUGAAUAUGGAGAACGACCUGGAGGAAGAACUGAAUAGAAGGAUGAGAGCAGCGUGGGCAGCCGUCAGGGAAGCUACGGUCCAACUGAUGGAUCAAGAUCUCCGCGCCCAUCUCUUCGACUCGACAGUUCUUCCAGCGCUCUGUUACGCAGAGGAGACGUGGGCAGACACCGCUGCCACGUCUAGAAAACUAUUCACUACCCACAUGAUCUUUGAGAUGUGUUCAAAAAUUUAA